AUGGAGGCGAAAGAAGCUCUAAGUUCAAAGCAAAACCUCCAAAGUUUAGCUCUGUACUGGAACCAUUCCACUGGGUGUGAGUCAUCAAAGGAUGUUGAUCUGCAGGUGCUCGAAGCGCUAGAGCCUCAUUCCAACCUUAAGCAUUUGAAGGUAUCUGGUUUCAGAAGUACAACCUUGGCAAGUUGGAUGAGGGCUUCAGUUUUGGAAACCAUCAUUACCAUUUAUCUUCAUGAUUGUAAAUACUGCUCACAUCUCUCUCCACUAGUACAGCUUCCUUGUUUGAAAUUUCUUUCGCUGAGGGGAAUUCAUGCGGAGUACAUUGACAGUGACCUUGAAAGCGGAAUAUCCCGAUUAAGAAAGUUCCCAUCCUUGGAAUCACUUGAGAUGUGCAACCUCCCGAAUUUAAAAGGAGUUUCAAUCGAAGAAGGAGAAGAACUUUUUCCAAGUCUUCGCGAAAUAUGGAUCGAAGACUGCCCUUUGCUGACAUUUCCGCGUCUUUUAUCACUCAGAAUUUUGAGAAUUAUGACAUGCUCGAACACGACGCUAGCCUCUAUCUCUAAUCUUUGCGGUCUCACCUCCUUAACAAUUGAUAACAACAAGGAACUAACUUCUUUACCUGAAGAGAUGCUAACAAACCUCACCAAUCUUGAAAUACUGUCGAUAAGGACUUUCACAAAGCUGGAAGUACUGCCUAACAGCCUGGCAAGCCUCACUGCAUUGAAGUCCUUGCUUAUUGGUUACUGCAACCAACUAGAGUCUCUACCAGAUCAGGGAUUGCAAGGCCUCACCUCAGUCCGUAAAUUGUCAAUCAACCGCUCUGAUAGAUUGAAAUAUCUGUCUAAAGGAUUCCGGCACCUAGCUUCCCUGGAGGAACUGGAAAUCUUUGGGUGUCCAGAGUUGGUUUCUUUUCCAGACGAGUUUAAACACCUGAAUUCCCUUCAUCGUGUUCACCUUGAUGGCCUGUCAAUGUUCCACACGGGAGAAGACACUGUUAUUCACCCUAAGGAGUUGAUUUUGUGGCAAUUGCCUGAGGCUUUACGGCAUGUCCAUAAUCUGCAAUCUCUUUCUGUACGUAGAUUCCAAAGUUUGACUUUAUUGCCUGAGUGGUUAGGAGAACUUACGUCUCUCAAGGAACUGAACAUAUUACAGUGUGAUAAUCUUGCCUCACUGCCAGAGUCUAUGGAGAGAAUGAACCUUCAGUCCUUGAACAUUUUGGGUUGUGCAAUAUUGGAGAAGCGUUGCGAGCCGGGACAAGGAGAAGAUUGGUAUAAGAUUGCGCACAUUCCAAAAGUGAAAGUCAGUCAGCAUUGUGAUUUUUUUGGUUUCAACUUGUCAUCAGACAAGUUCAUUGGUCUAAGGCAAUUUCACUUAUAG